AUGCAAAGUUUAUUUAUAUUAAAUAGUAGUAAAAUAAUUAAUUCAAAUAUUCGUUUAUCUUCAUCAUCAAUAAAACCUUCGAUUAUUUCUCGUAUUCGAAAUAUAAUUCAUCAUUAUUGGCUUGGAUCAAAAUUACUUUAUCAAAAUUAUAAAUCAGUUCAACAAAUUCGAAAAAAAGAUAUUAAUUCGUUAACACGUCAUGAAUAUUUAACAUUAGAACAAUUUCAUUAUGAUAUUCGUGUUGGAGCUCCAUUUGUUUUAUUAUUUCUAUUACCGAUAAUUGGUUAUAGUGCCCCGAUUAUUGCUUUUAUUGCUCCAAAAUAUCUUCCAUCAACACUAAUUAUGCCUAAACAAAAGGUUGCAUUUAUAAAAGAUGAUGCGCGUGCAUCAUCUUUAAUAAUUGAUUCAUUAAUUGAAUUUAGUCAAAAACAAUACAAUUAUGAAAAUAUUCAUGGAAUAAUAUCAAUUAUGCAAUUUAUAGAUCAAGUUUCAAAAUCAUCUGAUCGAUUUAAAAUGUUAAUGUCAUCGAUUCCAUUAUAUUCAUCAUUAUUUACAAAAUAUAUUAAUUUAUCAUUACUUGAUCGUAAACAUUUAUUAUUAAUUCAUAAAUCAGUAUUACAUUCAUCAUUUAUUGCUGAUUAUAUUUUAACUAAUUAUUCAAUUGAAUAUGAUCUUGAAAUGUGGCAACAUCGAAUAUUAAUUGAUGAUAAAAGAAUAAUAAAUGUAAAUAAACUUAGUCAAUAUGAAUUAGUAUCAUCUCUUUAUUCACGUGGUAUAUAUCUUCAUGUAAAUCAUAUGGGUAAAGUUUUACAAUAUGAACAAAUGAACAAUUUGAAUAAAUUUGAGAAAAAAAAAUCGAAAAACUUAAAUGAAUAUAUUAAUAUAGAUGAAUAUAUUAUAAACGAUUGGAAAGAAUUAUUACAUAAAUGGAUUCAAAUUCAUGAUCAAGUUUCAAAAACAAAUCGAAUAUCUACAAGUUUUCUUGUUCAUAUAACACCUUUACUUGUUAAUUAA